CACAAAAGAGACUAAAGGCAGAAAUAAUAAUAAUAAUAAUAAUAAAACCAACAACUGUUGGUGAUGGAAGUUCAAGUUAUCUUUGCACUUUCCCUUACCAUUUUCUUCUUCCAUGGGGCUCAUUCAGCUACAUUUACGUUCACAAACAACUGCCCUUACCCAGUUUGGCCAGGAACUCUAACAGGACAAGGUCCUCAAUUAUCCUCAACCGGUUUUGAGUUAGCCUCGAAAGCUUCAUCAACUUUAAAUGUUCCAGCCCCAUGGUCUGGUCGUAUUUGGGGUCGAACCCAAUGCGCAGACACCAGCGGGAAGUUCCAAUGCGCUACAGCUGACUGUGGAUCUGGUCAGAUUACAUGCAAUGGUGCCGGCGCAAUCCCACCAGCGUCGCUGAUAGAAUUCACCCUGGCAGCAAGCGGCGGACAAGAUUUUUAUGAUGUUAGUCUCGUUGAUGGCUUUAACUUGCCUCUUUCAGUCAUCCCCCAAGGCGGAUCAGCUGGUUGUGGUGCCACGGGUUGCCCAGCCAAUGUGAAUGCAGCUUGUCCUCCGGAAUUGCAAGUUAAAGGAUCGGAUGGAGGUGUUAUCGCCUGCAAGAGCGCAUGUUUGGCUUUUAAUCAACCCCAAUAUUGUUGCACCGGCGCUUAUAGUCAACCAUCUACUUGCCAUCCAACACAAUAUUCGAAGAUCUUUAAGAGCCAAUGCCCUCAAGCUUAUAGUUAUGCUUUUGAUGAUAAGAGUAGCACAUUUACGUGCAGUGGCGGAGCUAAUUAUCUCAUAACUUUCUGCCCUUGAAGAGAAUUUUCUUAAAAAAUUAUAUUCCAAAAUUUGAAUAUUCAAGUUGAUGUAUUGAAUCAUUAAUACUAAUAAAAUCUUUAUGUUGUUAAUUGU